CUCUUUCAUUAAAGAGCAACUGAAAUGAGGAUAUAAUGCCCGCCUUUAUACAAGCCUCUCUGGGCGGGGAGGAGACAAUAAAGCUGCCCGUGACAAUGAAGGGAGAUCACUGUACAAUCACUGACACUUCUGAACAUUCCUCUCCUGCUGCAGAUUAGCAGUAUGUCCUCUCCUGUCAAAAGCUUUGUCUUCCUCGACCUGGAAGCCACCGGCUUAAAUUACAACCUACCAAAGAUAACAGAGCUUUGCCUGGUGGCGGUCCAUGUCUCCUCACUGGAGAAUCCAGAAACUGACCAAUCAGAAGUGCAACUGCCCCGUGUGUUGGACAAGCUUUGCCUGUGUGUGGAUCCAAAGAAGCCCAUCACGAAGGAGGCUUGUAACAUCACAGGCCUCAGUAAUGAAAAACUGGCCAACUGCGAGAAGCCAUGUUUCAACCUGAACCUGGUUCAACUAGUUAAGGAGUUUUUGAAUCGUCAGGCUCAGCCUGUCUGCCUGGUUGCUCACAAUGGGUUGUUCUAUGACUUCCCCUUGCUAAAAGCAGAGUUCCAGCAGCAGAAUGAGGAACUGCCUGGUUCCUUGCUCUGUCUGGAUUCCCUCAAAGCUUUUCGGCAGCUUAGCCAGCAAGAUCGCAGGCACCAAGAGUUUACCAAGGGAUCCCACACUCUCACAGAGCUCUAUCGGCGCUCGUUUGGAAAGGAACCCAUUGACUCUCACUAUGCAGAGGGUGAUGUACUGACGCUAAUCAAGGUUUUCAUGUAUAAGGCCAGUGAGCUUCUGGAGAUGGCCAAUUCCCUAUACAAGAGGUGGAGUGAGAUCAACCCUAUGUAUGGGAAAACUUUUCAAGUAUCUGAAUGACACAUUAGCAGAGACUGAGAAGAUGGUUCUUUUGGUGCCACCCCCAACCCCACCCCUGUGCAAUAUACAGUAAGAACGGAAAAGGAUCCCACUCAGCCAGAAAAACAUUAUGUUAUAGGAUGUUAUAGGAUAUAUAUUAUAGGAUGUUAUAGGAUAUAUAUUAUAGGAUGUUAUAGGAUAUAUAUUCUGUAUUGUGUUGAUUUUUUUUUUUUUUUUUGAAAGGUGUAUUUUAUUAAUUUUCAUACAAACAAAAACAUAAAAUAACACAUUUAACAUUACAAUAAAGAAAAUAUGCUGGUCUUUCUUUUCAGGUCUAUCUUUAAGGUUUGUUACAGACAUUAAAGGGGUAGGUGUAACAUUAGUGUGAGCAUGAAUCUGGCAGCAGUUACAGGAUAUUGGGUGCGUCAACCUACUGAACAAAGUGUUCAGGAUGUGGUAGAGAAAAGUGGGGAGACGCUGGGGGUUUUACAAUGUAAAUGGGAGUGGAGUCCUUUAGUUUCCCUCUAGGUCACACCAAGGGCCCCAAACUUUGUCAAAUUUAUCGGGCGCUCCCCUAUUCUCGUAUGUAAGUUUGUAGAAAGAAGCAACGGUAUUCACAAUGUAUUGUGUUGAUUUUAACUUAUAACUAUGUACAUCAUCUGUGACUUAUCUGUCUAAUAAAGAGGUAACUGAUCGACUGUCCAUA